AGUUAAAAGCCCGUUCCCUUAGGAGUUGUGUUGUUGGUGUCUGUCUGCGUUUGAGAUAUCGCAAUCGCAAUCGCAAUGGGGGAUCUAGAGAGAAUGGCCAUAGAACUCAAAUGCCCUAUCUGUUGGAGUUUGCUCGAUUCUGCUGUGUCGCUUACCUGCAAUCAUCUUUUCUGCAACUCGUGCAUUUUCAAGUCCAUGAAAUCAGCCUCUGCUUGUCCUGUCUGUAAAAUUCCUUUCACUCGUCGAGAGGUUCGCCCUGCUCCUCACAUGGACAACUUGGUCAGCAUAUAUAUAAACAUGGAAGCUUCUUCAGGAGUUAAUACAUUUGUAACCCAGAAUGCCCCUGUUACUAACUUAUCAGAUGGAGAAAAGGAAUGUGAAGGUGAUGCUGACUCUGGCAAGAUGAAAGCUGGUGGAACUCAUGAAGGUCGUCCGCAGGAGAAGAAAACCCGGAAGAAAAAGAAGUCUAAGAAGACGGUUCAGGCCAGCAUGGAAAGUUCAGGUUCUGAGUUUGCAAAGCCUUCUUUUCCGGCAAAGAAAAGGGUACAUGUGCCGCAAAAUCUUCUUUCAGAAACUCCAAUGAAGAAUUUGAAAAUUGGAGACUCUCUCAGUGAAAUUAACAAAGAGAAAGAGGGAACGGAAAAGGUCCCAGUCAAGGAAAGUGAAAGGCCCCUCCAAAGUGAAAAAGAUAAUCCUGUUCUUUCGCCUUUCUUUUGGUUGAGAGAGGAAAAAGAUGGUGAAAUGUUAAGUCAACAAACUGAUGAGGAUCAAAUUAUUGAUGGCUCAACACCAAAUCCUCCUUCAUUCAGUGAUAUCAAGGACUCUGAUGAUGAAGUCCAUUCUAAUGUUGAUCUAAUGGAUGAGGUGCAAAAUAAAAGCUCUGUUAAUUUAUUUGACAGUGAAAUGUUUGAAUGGACACAAAGGCCUUGCUCUCCUGAAUUGUUUUCAAGUCCCUCUAAAAUGCAGCUGCAGGUCAUGGAUACUUAUGAGGAUGAUGAAAAUCAAGAGGAAUUGGUGGCUUCCUCACUAGAGCUGGAGGCAAAUCUGCCAAGAGUUGAUGCUGACAACAUGGAAUUUGAGAAUCCCAAAGAAGGAAAUAGAAUGGCUGAUGAAGUACCUCCGAGUGUAUGUUUUCCUCAAAUCAGAAGUUCUGAUGAUCUAAAUGGAAUAAAGAAGUCUACAAAAAGAAGGAAGGCUAGAGAUAAAAAUAAACAAGAGCAGAUUGGAGAACCAAAAAAUUCAUUUGAUGAAAUGUAUGUUGAGGUUACUCAGGAACAAGCAUUGGACAAUUCUUCUAAUCUGGGGAAGGGUAGUAGAAGAGGCAAGAGGGUUUGUUUCAAUACCAGUCCAAUUCCAACGCCUAUAACUGCUUGUACAGUCCCCAAUACAUUAGGAGUUCAAAGCAUUGGUGAAAUGAAGAAGGCUAAGAAUAUAGAUAUUUUGCCAUGUAAACAAGAAAAUGAGAAGCAUUAUGCUCAGGAAAUUUCUGGAAAAAGCCAGAUGAAAAUAUCUGGAAAACAAAAUAUCAAUCAAAUGAAUGAGUUUGCUGGUUCUGAUUCAUCCAUUUUCAGUCUGCGAACAGAUAAUAACGGGAAGGACUCUAAUAGGAGGCAAUGCAAAAGCAAGUAUUCCAGAAAAACUAUAUAUUGCAGUAAAGAAUUGGAAACUACUAAAAGGCAAAAACUUUCCUCGGCUUGUAUCUCUAAGACUACAAACAAUGAAGAAAUUCUACCUAUUGAAAGUAUUCAUCAAGGUCCUGAUGUCAGGGAUUUGAAUGAUACAUCAAAAGAGAAACAUUGUCCCUUGAUGGAUCAAACAGUGUUAAGGAAAUGUGAGAAUCUUGUAAAAAAUUAUCAAUGUGUUUUCUGUCUCUCAUCAGAAGAAUCAGAGGCUUCUGGCCCUAUGGUGCAUUACCUUGAUGGCAGGCCUGUAACAUCAGAUUAUGAAGGGGGAUCUAAAGUCACGCAUUGUCACAGGAACUGCACAGAGUGGGCCCCCAAUGUAUAUUUUGAUGGUGAUUAUUCAAUAAAUCUUGAUGCGGAAAUAAGUAGAAGUCGAAGAAUUAAAUGUAGUUUUUGUGGACUAAAAGGCGCCGCACUUGGUUGUUAUGAGAAAAGCUGUCGCAGGAGCUUUCAUGUUCCUUGUGCCAAGUGGACUUCUCAAUGUCGAUGGGAUACGCAAAACUUUGUCAUGUUAUGCCCUCUGCAUGCUUCCUCCAUGUUGCCCUGUGAAGGUUCAGGAUCCCAAAAAAGGAGCAAGAAAUGCACAGCUAGUGAGGGAAAAGCCCAUGGUCCUAAACAUGACACAACAAGCCAAAGUCGGGCUGCUUAUUUAUCAUACAAAAAAAUUGUACUAUGUUGUUCUGCUCUAUCCGUGCAGGAGAGGGAAGUUGUUUCCGAAUUUGAAAGAGUAUCGAAAGCUACAGUUUUGAAAAAUUGGGACUCGAGUGUCACCCAUGUUAUAGCAUCAACGGAUGAAAAUGGGGCAUGCAGAAGGACCCUCAAAGUAUUGUUGGGUAUACUGGAGGGAAAGUGGAUUCUCAAUAUUGAGUGGAUCAAAGCUUGCAUGAAGGAAAUGGGUCCUAUUGAUGAGGAGUGUUAUGAAAUUAAUGUUGACAUCCAUGGAAUUCGAGAUGGUCCUCGUCUUGGACGACUAAGAGUAUUGAACAAGCAACCAAAGCUUUUUUAUGGCUACAAGUUUUAUUUUAUGGGAGAUUUUAUACCUUCAUACAAGGGGUAUCUGCAAAACCUUGUGGUUGCUGCUGGAGGGAUAAUUCUGCACAGAAAACCAGUGUCUGGUGACCAAGAAUCAACUUCACCAGAUAUGCAUCCAUACCAAACCCUUAUAAUUUACAGCCUCGAGCUUCCUGAUAAAUGUAAGCCUUCGAAAAAGGAUACAAUUUGCAGCCAAAGGCGUCAUGAUGCAGAGGUUCUGGCAAGUUCUACAGGUUCAAAUGUAGCAAGUAAUACAUGGGUUCUGAAUUCAAUUGCAGCCUGCAAACUGCAAUACCUUGCUCAAUGAAAUGUGAAAAUUGAGGUCAUUUACAUGCAUAUGAUCUCAAAUUGAUGUUUUUCCUUUUCAUCUUUAAUUAUCAUGUUAAGAAUAAUAUUGACAAUAUUAUUCAACAAAAUAUUUAGACCUCAUAAUAUAUACUGUGAAUGUAUCCCCGCUGGAGUGAGAAUUGUGUUUGAAACCGUCAUAUAUCAAUGGUAAAAUCUAUAUAUUUUUAAUGGCAAAA